AACACCCACUAUACGACCGCCAAACACAAUAGAACCCGAUGAUUAAAGUCCUCUUUACGGACCCUUUCAUUGGAUAGUUCCGUCAUCAUCAAGAGACCAUCCUUUAUACGUAUAUAUUUAUUUAUACAGUAUGCCGGUGAAUUUAAUUUCCAAUUGCAUUCACAAGUUGAUCUUUUAUGGUCAGAAACUUAGGGCCCCUCGACUAGUUCCUAAAGCGAAAUGAAGGAGAAGUCGAAACUUCGGUUCACUGAAAUUGAGGGGGUGGAAACCUCGGACGUUAAAAACUUCCCCUACUCCGCCAUCAAGGCCCUUGGGGCGGUGCAGAUCGGCCUGGGGGUCGUGUGUCUUGUGCUAGGUCUGCUGGAUCUUUUCCUGUAUAUAUUUAAGGACGAUGACCAAUUGGCGUCGGCGGGGGACAGCACGCUGAUGACGCUAACCAUCGCUUCCUCACCCAUCUGGUGCGGACUCUGGUUCGGUGUUACUGGUUGUAUGGCGGCGUGUAUGAACAAACGAAACAAGUCCAACCUGAAUUAUUUUAAAAUGACGUUUUUGGUGCUAAGCAUCCUGUGUUCUGCGUUGUUUGCUCCAGUGUGUUUUAUCAUCAACAUUGCCAUGGCAAUUUUGCGCCAUGAACUGGAGCCGACUUCCUACCGCUGGAUGGUGCCUAUUCUGGUUGCCUUCUUUGCUUUCAAUGAGUUGGUGUUUGCCAUUGCUUCAGCCUCCAUAUGUUGUUGUUGUGCCCCAAUCAGAACCACCCAGGUUCGAGUUAUUAUGGCACGACAAGUAGACGAUUCCAAUGGUGCCUCGGGGACGAAGAAAUACCCCGAUUCCAUGGAUAUCUUUACCGUCACAGAUCGGUACGGCAGACCGCUGAUGCAGAAGCCUAGCUCCUCUAUUGUGCGCUCCGAAGUGAUAGAACUAUGUGACUAGUUCUUAAACUUUUACCAUUCUACGCAGGUGAUAUCAUUGAAGAGCCGGCAUAUGUGUAAUUUUAUUCACUUAGUAUUGUUUAUUGUGUUUUUUUUAAUUGCGUGCUUUGCUGAAGCCCUUUGUCCAAGUGAAACAACACGUGUUGUCCGUCCAAGCUUAAGGACUGUGAUACGUCAUAUUUGCAUUGCAAAUUGCAUUGAAGUUAUUUUUAAAAGGUAGUCUUUUGAUUGAACACUGUUUUGUGUUUAAUAGUCAAAUGUUGUAUUUAUUCCGCCACGUCUUUUGCAAUGCACACAUAUUCUAAAGGUUCUUCAUAGUUUACCUGUGUUAAAAGGACUUGGACACAAUUUUUAAAAAUUUUAUUUUUUCUAUUUUAAGUAUCUAGAAUAUUAAACGGGCGUAUUUUAAAUGAUCUUUAAAGUUUGAAAGUCAAAUAUUAAG